AGUGUGCACUGAGUCGCCGCUGAGGCGCGAGGUACCUAUCGCCGCGAGUGUUGUGUGUGAAAGCGUCGUUCAGGAAUCGGUGUCACAUCCCUAUAAGAAGUACGGAAGAUCUAGUAAACAAUCAACAAGUGAGAAAACACGAAUAGAAUACAUACAAAAGGUGUGAUGGGAUCGCGAAUUUGAAAGAGGAUGGCGUUGCGCGGGGGUGGCGGAGGGACGGGGCGCUCUAGGGCAGACACGCAACGAGCUCUGGACGAGUUCGACGAGUUGGCGGGUCUGAGGAAUGAGCGUGCCGGGAGCGGAGGUGAAGGCCGCGCCCUCUAUGUGCUGGAACAUCUCGCUACUUUCACGGUUACGCGGGAGACUGGCAUAGUAUACCCUGCAGAUGGUAUGCGAAGACUGUUACAGCUCGAGAAGACUAAUGGAAUAUGGAGCCAAAAGAUGCAAUUAUGUUUAGAAGGGCAGUGGGUGCUCGUCAUGGACUACGAAACUGGAUCUAUAAUGGAGAGAUUUCCAGCGUCGUGGGUGCAUUCCCCGACUGCGUUCACAUCGCCUGAACCGGCGGAGUUGUACAACAACGUAGUGGCGUUCGUGGUGGGGGCGCCCGCGGAGGGGGGUGCGUCAGGCUCACCCGCCCCUGCACCCCCGCCCAACGCUCCCCCCCGCAGGGAGCUGCACAUCUUUCAAUGCCAUGAUGUAGCUGCUCAGGCGCUCGUCGAGGAACUCAAUGCACUCAAGGGAGUCGGCAGUGGCGGUUCGGGCGAGGGUGGUCGCGAUUUCAUCAUAGAAAGGGAAAGGGAACGAGAGAGGGAGAAUGAGAUGGAGAGACCGCGCAGACAGCAAAUGUCAGCGCAGUUGGGUCGCGGGGAGCGCGGCGGCUCGGGUGGCGACCGCGACGACGCAUCCUCCACCGGCUCCGAGCGGCUGUACGAGCAGGACAUCGCCAUCCUCAACCGGUGCUUCGAUGACAUCGAGAAAUUCAUCGCGAGACUGCAGCACGCGGCGGCGGCUUCGAGGGAACUCGAGCGACGGCGGCGGUCUCGCGGGAGAAAAAGCGGGGGCGCGGGCGCGGGGGAGGGCAUGCUCGCGCUUAGGACUCGCCCGCCACCUGAAAGGGACUUCGUUGAUGUCCUGCAGAAGUUCAAGCUGUCUUUCAAUUUGUUGGCACGCCUGCGGGCUCACAUACACGACCCCAACGCACCGGAGCUAGUGCACUUCUUGUUCACGCCGCUGGCUCUGAUCGUGGACGCAGCGCAGGACGCUGCUGACGGACGGUUGCCGUCGCGAGUCGUACAGCCGCUGCUGACGCGUGACGCACUCAAUCUACUCGCCAAUUGCGUCACUAGCAAGGAGACGGAGCUCUGGCAUUCUCUUGGUGACGCUUGGCUCGUGCCCAGGGAGCAAUGGAAGACGCCAAUCCCGCCGUAUCACCCUGUGUUCAUGGACGGCUGGUCGCCGGACUACCAAGUUGACGAUCAACCACUACGCAGAACGUCGCCACGUCGUAGCGAGCCAGGUCCAGGGCCGGUGGUGGCGGCCGAGCGAGCGGACAGCGCAGCGUACGCUUAUGAGCGCGACGAGCGUGACGAGCGAGACGACCUGUACGGUGAACAGUACGCGCCGUACACCAGUGGUCGGACACUAGCCCGUGACGACUCCGGAUCAGCAGCGUCAUCACCCGAUAGAGAACCUCCAUAUCGCACCGAUGACGACGAGCUGGGUGAGUCGUGGGCGCGGGGGGUGGCGGCCCGCGGGGGGCGUGUGGUGCGUGUCACGUACCCGCGUACAGCCAACAAUGACAAGGAACUCACUGUCGUGCGCGGGGAAUACUUAGAGGUGCUGGAUGAUUCGCGCAAGUGGUGGAAGGCUCGCAACAGACGCGGCGUGACAGCGCACGUACCGCACACGAUUGUGGCGCCCGCUUUCUCACCGCCCGCCUCCCCGCACCUCUACCCCAACCCUAUCUACACGCACUACCAGGAGGGCGGACGAGCAUCCGGCAGCAGCAGUCCAACAGGUCCGCCGGGUAGGGCGAUAGCGAGUGCCGCUCGUGAUAUUCGGGAAGCUCGGGAAGCUCGUGAUAUUCGGGACCCUCGUGAUGUCCGGGACGCUCGUGACGUCCGGGACGCUCGCGACGUCCGAGACGCUCGCGACGUCCGGGACGCUCGCGACGUCCGGGACGCUCGUGACGUCCGGGACGGUCGUGACGGUCGGGAUGCUCGUGAUGGUCGGGACAUGGGGGGAGCGAGGGACGCGGGGGGCGCGGACUGGAUCCGUCGCGAGCGACUCGGAAAGAAGGGCGAGUUCCGAUACUUUUAGCGUCGUCGCUCGUUCCAAACGAUCGCUCGUAGUCUACCUGAGCUCUAGCGGCUAUUGCGCGUACUCCCGCAUUUAAAUAUCGUUGUUCUGAUACGUAAGGCGACCUGUGAAAUUUUCAUAUACCAAAAAAUUACUCUCGUAAGUUUUUUAUCAGAAUUAUAUACCGGAGACUGCUAUUUAACUUAAAAGAGUAUAUUACUCAUUUUUACCGUUUCUGCCAUAGUUGCGACCAACGGAUCGAACUGCUUGUCUUCGCAUUUCCAGUAGUUUGGUAUUUAUAACUUAUAUAUAUGUAGAACGUUAGUGGUACAGUAGUGGAACGAGUGGCGGCGCGAUGCCCGCGCGUUGUGUGUCGCUUGUGUCGCUAAUGUGUGUAUUGUGUGUCGCGGUGUUCCUUGUGAUUGAAUAUUGAUAUAGUCACGUAACCUGUAUAUGAGAACGAUAGUUUUUCCAGUAGUAAUAAAUUGUAUCUUCAAUCACAGUUCACAUGUGAACAAAUUGCAUCAUAUUAUGAAAACGAUAGCCGAAAGCUGAUAUCAAUAUUUAGUCAACAAAAUUAUGUGUUAAUAUUAUAUUUUAUGCGUUACAAUAAAGACGCAAAUGCAAACGUCCAAGUAUGAUUGUUGACACUGUACUUUAUUGUGCACAAAUUAUGUAGAUGUGAAAAGUGAUAUAAUGUAACCUGUUAUUGAAAAAAAUAUGCAUUUUCGAAAAGAUAAUUAUUUGGGUUAUGUCACUUUUUGCGACGCGGUACAGUGUGUCGUGGAAUCUUAUUAGAGGAAGUAAAUACAUUAUGAUUGUUUUAUUAUUAAGAGUCUAUUGCCGGUCGUCAGGCGGCAACCGAGUCAAAAUAUUUAAAGAGAAUGCUAUGAAAUUGUAAAUGAUUAAGUUAAUGAUUCUAAAUAUAUUAAUAUAUCGUGUAAAGGAGCGGGCGCCCUCGUCCCUCCGCCUACAAACUAGAUAAUGCUCCGUUUGUUUAAGUACAUUUUUAUACAUUAAAUUUUUUCAUCAAACC